AUGGCGCAGGUCUGGGCGGUGUUCCUGGCCGUGGGGUCGCUCGCCAUCGGCAUGCUCGGGGUGCUCGGCGUCUGGCUCUGCUACCUGUUCCAGGCUGUGGCGCUGGGCCCGCCUCCCGCCCCGCCGCCCGAGACGCCGGAGACGGUCGACGACGACAACGACGACAAGAACGGGCUAUCAGAGGCGGAGCUGAGGCAGCUGGGCGGGGUCGUCCAGCCGGAGCCAGCGGACGGCGAGGAGGAGGAGGAGGCGCUCUGCCCUAUCUGCCUCGACGCCAUGGAGCCCGGCCGCGCCGUGCGCGUCCUCCCCGGCUGCAACCGGGCCUUCCACCAGGACUGCGUCGACCGGUGGCUGGCCAUCUCGCCGCGCUGCCCCGUGUGCAACAUCUGGGCCACGCCGCAGUCGCCGCGGGCCUCGCCGACGGCGGCCAAGACUGCUCCGGGUCCAGGGUGCUGA